AAUUUUGGAUAAAUGAAGAAUGAAACCCCUAAAAUGCAAAACCAGGAUUUGUAGGACUUUUGAAUUAAGAUAGUUGGAUAUAAACCUACUUUUAGCAUAACUUUUAUAUUAGGAUACAUUGCCAAAUCUCAAUUUCUUUAUUUUUAAUCUAAUUCAUUUUUUAACUACUCAUUUUUCUAAGCUUUUAACUUCUGUUCGUUUUUGUCAGUACAUCUAAAUUGGUCUUAAUGCUCUCCUUCAAUACUUCAAUUUUACUUUCUGUUUCCAAUGCGGCGCCUUCUGAUCGCUGCGCAUGCGCUGAAGAUUAUCCCUCACCUUUUCCGCGAACAUCUGAACUUUAGUACUUCCCUUUUUAAUCACUGCUGUUGGUUGCAUGUUUUAAAACCGACCUAUCGCCGUCAAAUGAGGGGCGGUCAGCUGUUCACGGUGUUUGUAGCGACAGUUUCCACACUCGUCUCUCCUCUGUGUUGUCAGAACAGGAGCUCAGAUGACAGUCGGACUGAUUUCAACUCGUUCAGAGCGCAGUUUCACCGCAUGCAUGAGGUCAACAGCGAGGAAUUCAGCCGUCGUCAUCUCUAUUUUCAGAAUUCUACAGAGCGGCACGCAUACCUGAACUCAUUCUCCACAGCACCACAGUCUGCCAAGUACGGCACCAACCAGUUCUCUAACCUCUCACAGAAGGAAUUCAGAGAUCUCUACCUGCGAACAAUCUCUGACAGAGCUCCUGUCUUCUCUGGACCGAAGACAGAGCAGCUACCAGCUAAGUUUGACUGGAGGGACAAAGGAGUGGUAGCACCAGUCCAGAACCAACAAGCAUGCGGGAGUUGUUGGGCGUUCAGUGUGGUCGGUGCCAUGCAGGCCGUCCACACCAUAGGAGGCUCACGGCUGGAGCAGCUCAGUGUACAGCAAGUUCUGGACUGCUCCUUCCAAAAUGAAGGCUGCAAUGGAGGGUCCCCGCUCCGGGCUCUGAAUUGGUUAAAGCAGACCAGAGUGAAAUUGGUGCCUCAGUCAGAGUAUCCCUACAAGGCCAAGACAGGAAUCUGCCAUUUUUUCUCCCUGUCACAUGGCGUUGUUGCUGUCAAGAACUUUUCUGCACAUGACUUCAGUGGUCAAGAGGAGGCAAUGAUGGGUCAGCUGGUGGAGCAUGGUCCUUUGACUGCUGUUGUGGAUGCUGUCAGCUGGCAGGAUUACCUGGGAGGAAUCAUCCAACACCACUGCUCCAGCCAAUGGUCUAACCAUGCUGUCCUAGUUGUUGGAUAUGACACUACUGGGGAUAUUCCAUACUGGAUUGUACAGAACUCCUGGGGAACUACAUGGGGGAAUGAGGGUUAUGUUUAUGUGAAAAUUGGUGGCGAUGUUUGUGGUAUUGCAGAUAACGUGGCAGCUGUGUUUCUUUGACAAUGUUGUGUUUAUUUUUGUCAUUGUAACUAUGUGUGUGUGUGUGUGUGUGUGUGUGAGUGACUUUGCAUGUAUUCACACUUUAAAUCAGUCAUCAGUUUACUUUCAAGGGUCAUGUUAAAUAAUGUUUUUAUUGAAAUGUCACAUGUUACAUCAAUAAGACAAAAUAAAUCACUUUCUAUGCUGAUAAAUGUCGGAUUGUAACUGAGCAAUCAAUACACACAACACUG